AAAUAGCGUGGGCGUGCUUGACAGGUACCUUGACAUUGUUAUACUUCAAACCUGUGCUUCAACUUCAAACAAAACAAGUUGAAAUCAAAUCGUUCAAAUCAUUGUUUGCAAACAUUUUGGGCAUCUCGUACCUCGAAGGAUCAUCGAUCGAUUGCUGUCUUUAGCAGAGAGUUAAAAGAGCUGGUAGUUUUUUGAAAGUUUUCCUUAUAAUUGAAUAAUAAUACGUCAUAGUUUUUUUUUUAUUGAAUAAGUAGAUCACAUCCUCACAAAGUUAAAUUCGCCUCCCUACCUAGUCGCGUGAUCAUCUCAAGUUCAAGGUUAAAAUUGGAUCCUAAAUAAAUAAACCACGGGAACAAGAUGGUGUACCUGAAGCCAGCACAGUCCACAGACAACCAGACAAGUUUAUAUGACCGUGUCAAGAAAUUGUUAGUGUCUUUUGAAUGGAGUGAUUGCACCUUCUCCGUGGCAGAUCAAAAAUUCAAAGCACACAAAUUAAUACUAGGUAUCAGUAGUCCUGUAUUUGAAGCUAUGUUCUAUGGUCCACUGUCUACUGAUGAUGAUAUCCAAAUAACAGACAUUCAUCCUGAUAUAUUUCAACUAAUCCUCAACUAUAUUUAUACUGAUAAAGUAGAAAUUACCAGUAUUGAGCAUGCUUUUGAAUUAUUAUAUGCCUCAAGAAAAUAUCUGCUAGAACACCUAGGUGAAAUGUGUAUUGCUUACAUCCAAGAUAAUAUAAGUGUUGACAAUGUGGUUGAGAUUUUAAAUUACCCAGACUAUUUACAAGAUAAACAACUUGUGUCAUAUUCUCUAAAACUAUUCUGCCAACAUGCUAGCUAUAUAUUGCAGGAGAAGAAGGAAACUAUAAGUUAUUCGUGUAUGAAGGCAUUCCUUGAGUGUGACCGUAUGAAUAUAUCUGAAAAAGAACUCAUCAAACAUGUUUUUGAGUGGACUUUAUAUUGCUGUGAACAAGAUGACAUCCUUGAUAUGUUUGAGAAUAGACGUGAAGUGCUUAAGAAAAAUGGUUUAUUUGAAUUAUUAAGAUUUCGGUCACUGAGACCAUCUGAACUUGAGGGAAUUGUAUCUAAUGUGCAUAAUCUAUUACAUCCACAUGAAUAUGAGUCUAUAAAAAAAGUUCUCAAAAGUGGUAACAUGAAUAAAAAUGAUAUCAUUGAUUCAAUUGGCAUGAAUAAUGUUCCAAGGAAUGCAUUAAAUCUAGACUGGCACUUUUGUUUUCGGAGUCCUAUAAGAUCAGUAGCACCAAUAAUUAUUGAUUCAAAUAAUUUCGCAAUUCAUUGUCGGAUAAAAGCUAACAAAUCUGUAUUUAUUAAUUCACUUUGUAUACCAACAAGAAUGGCACCACCAGUUGUUUUUCGCAGUAAUCAUAUUAACAUAUACUUAGAACAGUUUGUUGUUUCUAUAACACGUGAAUCAAAUAGUAAAGAUAACAUACGCCACAACAUUAAUAAAACUGUUGAAUAUGAUUCAUUGCUUGACAUACAAUUCGCAGAACCUUACUUCAUAAAAAAAGAUGAGUGGUACAAAAUCAGUUUUGUUUGGGUUUUUAACAGGCAUAAUCCAAAUUCAUAUGUUGUAGAAUUUAGGGACAGGCAUUAUACUGGACAUAAAGUAACUUUCGAAUUUGAUGAUGUUCCAUUUAAUGCCAAAAAUGGUGGUAGUUUUCUUGGUGGUUUAAAAUAUUGUUUGUAAAGACGUGCCAUGUCUCACUUUGUAUAUUUUAUUAUUAAUUACUUUGUACAGUGAAACCUUGUUAAGUGAGACAUCAAGGGACCUGCAAAUUGGUAUUAAGAGAUAUUCCACUAAAGCAGUGUCUCAGAUAACCAGAUAAAUAAAUAUUUGUCUCAUUUACAGAGGGUUCCAUUAAUAGAGGUGAGAAUAUAGAUUAUUUCGGAUAAAGAGGUGUGAUUCAUAAUGUGCGCAUUAUAAAUUAAUAAGUCUUUGAUUAUAUAUAUGUCUAGAUGGGUCACGAAAAACGUUUUAAAAAUUUGCAGUGAACUGUUCACUGCAAUGCACUUUGCCGUCGUAUUAACAAUCGUGUCAUCUCUAGGCGUCACUACGUGUCAUGCACGCUACAAAAUAAAUACGUAAACAAAAAAAGUGCAAUGUAAAAAUGGUAACAUACUCCAUAAAAUUAUGCUGAAAUUAUAAAGGACGCUUAAAAUAUAGUAAACAUAUCAUUAUCUAUCGAAAUUAUAAUUGUUUUAUUUAUGUUUUUGACCAAACAUAUUGCCGCCAUAUAUGUAUUAUAUCAGUGUUGCCAUUUUUUUGUAAUUUGACCCAAAACAACUGACUGAUUUCACUGAUUUAAAUAUAGGGAAGGUUUCGAUUUUCGACAGUUACUUUGAAACGAUUAAAUCGAUUUUUUGGUGGAAUGAGUGCCAUAUUUAAUUGGUUUUAUAGAAAUAAUGUUAAUAAUUUCUUAAUAUGAAUGUCAUUGUUUUCAUGCGGAAAAUUAAUUACUUCAUGAAAAAAUAUGAAUAUGAACGCAGAGUCCAAUAAAAAAUAUUUUUAAAACAAAUUCAAAGUGAUCUAGUACAUGUACGCUUAUAUUUAUGGGAGAUAUACAAAAUUUGAUGGAAAACUUUCGUUGUUGCUGGUAUCAUUUUGCACCGUGUAAACAAGCCUCAUGCACACAUGCAAGACAUUUAAAAAAAACGCCAUUUUUGUUGUUAUUUUAUCGUCCAGCUCCAUCUAGACCUAUUUAUAAUCAAAGGAAUAUGUAAAUAAACAAAAAAAAACUAUGUUAUCUCAGUUACAGAGGUUUGUAUAUUAAAAUUCACUUGCUGUCUUAGUUAUAGAGGUAACUAUGAUGAUAAAUCAAAAGAACUGUUUUUUCUCACUAAUAGUAGUGUUACUAAUUAAAUAAUAGUACAUAGUAGAAUUACCUCUAUAGGUAAUUCAGUGCCAAUGUGUUGGAACCUCAGUACGAGUUCCAGUUGUGGAGGUUUCUCAUUUAUCCUGGGACCUGGAUAUUAACUUAACCAAGUUUCACUGUAAAUACUGAAAAAUCUUAGUUUUUUCUAAGUAUUUAUUGUGUAUGGUGACAUUGUUUUAAAUGUAAGGUAGGUACAAUGAUGUAUGUGUAACAUAAAUAUUAAAUGUAUUUAAUGGUCCUUGAGCGUAACUAAUAAAACACGAUAUGAAAAGUUA